AUGAGAGUGCUUGAUCCACAAAGUGCAUUGCUUACCAAUGCAGAAGUCUAUCAAUUCCUAAAAACAAAGAAGCCUGGGGUACCAGAAGCGAAGAGUGGUGCCUAUCCUUCGACCAACCUGCAUGGUCAGCAGACAAUUCUGAAAGAUGUGAGUUUCGUGCUGGAAAACGCAGCAAAGUUUAAUUCAUACACGGAAGAAGUUACAUCCCAUGUGAAAACUCAGCCCGACGUCAACUCCUGGAUUUCUGAACUUGUGAAGAAGCUCAAGGCUUACGGACUUACCAAGACAGAAGCCCUGAAUCUGAUCAAUAUUGGGGUUGGCAUGCGGCCAUCAGGACAGGACCAAGUCAAUGGUGAUGACGAACAGGAAGUAGGACCUGACGACGAGGCCGAAAUGGCGCGAGAUGUACAAUUCUUCAAAGUGGUAGUUGAGGAAGCAGACGAACGCUUUCCUGGUGAUGACGGGGACGAAAGAAUUCGAGACGUCAUCAUCACGAUGAAGAGUUGUGUUUCAGGUCAUUCGGGUAAUGAUUGA